UGCGACACAGGAGAGCGCAGAGGAGAGGCCGGAGCCGGAAAACGGUGCUGCACCGCGCUGCUCGACGCGCCACCUCAACCGUUCACCCCACUCGAUAGCCAUUGAUGCUGCGUAGGUGACUGCAUGGUGAGAUGCCAGUGGGGCUUGAUUAGACCAGGCCAGCCGAGGCCGAGAGUCCUUUUACUCCAACCUCCAGUUGUAUCAGAGCCCAGUUGUUUAAUCUCAAGGUGGCCUGGCCUGGCUUGGCUUGCUGAUUGCUGGCUUCGUUUUAUCAGUAUAAAUAUUCUGCUGCCCUGCUCUUCCCUGUGCCUUAGUUGUAUCAUCGUGUCCUUUUCCUCCCACCACACACCAUUUCUUUUUUCCUCCUCCUCCUCCUCUAUCGUGGCCUUCCUCUUAAUUUCUCCACAUUUCAAGGUUACAAGCAUUAGCUCCUAGCUAGUUUAGUCCCGGUGUCUCAAGAACUGAAUUUUCUAGUUCUGGUGCAGCAGCUAGCUCCCUAGAUUGCGUUAAGCGGUUGUGUUUUUUGAGCUCGGUGAUCGAGUGUACAGACAUACGUACGUAGGGGAUAGAUAGAUAGAUAGAUAGAUAGAUAGAUAGAUAUAUGAGAAGAUGAUGCGCGGGAAGGAGCAGAGAGCUGCGUUCGCGCCGAUGAAGGAGUCUCCGGCGGCGGUGGCGAAGGAGGAGGUGUGGGAGGUCCGGCCCGGCGGCAUGCUAGUGCAGAAGCGGAGCCCCGACGCCGACCCGCCACCCGGCGGCGCACCCGUGCCCACCAUCCGCGUCAAGGUCAAGUUCAACGGCGUCUACCACGAGAUCUACAUCAACUCCCAGGCCUCCUUCGGUGAGCUGAAGAAGCUGUUGUCGGAGAAGACGGGGCUGCACCCGGACGACCAGAAGGUGGUGUACAAGGACAAGGAGAGGGACUCCAAGGCGUUCCUGGACAUGGCCGGCGUCAAGGACCGCUCCAAGAUGGUGAUGCUCGAGGACCCCGCCGCCAAGGCCAAGCGCCUCCUCGAGGAGCGCCGAACCAGCAAGGCCGAGCGCGCUGCCAAGUCCAUCUCCCGCAUCAGCCUCGACGUUGACAAGCUCGCGUCCAAGGUGUCGGCGCUGGAGACGAUCGUGAGCAAGGGCGGGAAGGUCGUGGAGGCCGACGUGGUCACGCUCACCGAGGCGCUCAUGAACGAGUUGGUCAAGCUGGACUCCAUCGCCGCCGACGGUGAGGUCAAGGCGCAGCGGCGGGUGCAGGAGAAGCGGGUGCAGAAGUACGUGGAGACCCUGGACGCCAUCCGCGUCAAGAACAAGACAACCGCGGCGGUGGCGCCCAGGGCCAACGGCCACGCCAAGGCCCGCUCACCGCACCUUCCUCCGCGGCCGCCCCCGGCUCAGCAGCAGCACCAACAGCGCCGGCAGUUCCAGCAGCCGGCGCCCACCACGGGUACCGCGCCGGCGCCGCAGACGGCGACAGCAAGCUGGGAGACGUUCGACCUCCUGUCCUCUGUCCCGUCUACGUCCGCGGCCCCCGUGACGACCAUGGCCCCGGCGACCACCACCACGCCGUCCCCGAGGUUCGAGUGGGAGCUCUUCUAGAAGGUGCCUUCUGGUCCCUCCCACCACAUGCGUGCCUGUCCAUUGGCUCGGCCGGUACCUUUCUUGCUCAUCUUGGCCCUGGUGCAUGUCAAAUUGUCAAUCGCCAUUGUUCUUUCAUCUUUCUUUCCUUUGAGUGUAUAUUGAUCUCCAAAAAAGGCAAAAAAAAAACUCCAGUGAGCACAUCCAUCCACGAUCCAUGGUGUCUGCAAAUAAGUGGUGGCCUUAUGAUGAAGGAUUUUCCAUGAGCAUAUGUAUGUAUAGUAGUGCAGUGUAUAGUGUACAUGAAUCAAAUAACCUCUCAACAUAUUUGUCGUCUCGUAUGUCCUGUAUGAUCGAUGAUUCAUCCUACAUUGUUGUACAAACAAUUCAAGAAGGGGGACAUGGGUCUUCUGCAGUAAUGCAGACGUAAAAAGUAAUUUGUGUUUUCAUGAACAGCACUACAGCAGAAAAGCGGAGCACAAUAACGAUUUUGGGGGUCCUGUAGCAUAAACAGUAGUUUGUGCCUUAUAUUUUUGGAAAACAUUUUACGUUAUUA